CCUUGCCGCUGCCGCUGCUCGACUCCUCCCUCCUCUCGCCUCCUCUGCCCAGGUCGGAGCGAAGGGGGCGGGGCUGGAGCCCCCGGAGUUGAGGUGUGGGCUCGGGCGGCCCUCGGUCCCUGCGCGCUCUGGGGAGUCUUGUUGCUCGUGGCCCCCGCAGGGGCGCAGCGCGGCAGGAAGAAGGUCGUGCACGUGCUGGAGGGCGAGUCGGGCUCGGUGGUGGUGCAGACAGCGCCCGGGCAGGUAGUCAGCCACCGGGGUGGCACCAUCGUCUUGCCCUGCCGUUACCACUACGAGGCAACCGUCCACAGCCACGAAGGUGUCCGUCUCAAGUGGACUAAAGUGGUGGAGCCGCUGGCCUUUACCGAUGUCUUCGUGGCGCUGGGCCCCCAGCACCGGGCGUUUGGCAGCUACCGAGGGCGGGCCGAGCUGCAGGGUGAUGGUCCCGGGGACGCCUCCUUGGUUCUCCGAAAUGUCACGCUGCAAGACUACGGGCACUAUGAGUGCGAGGUCACCAACGAACUAGAGGAUGACACGGGCAUGGUCAAGCUGGACCUGGAAGGCGUGGUCUUCCCUUACCACCCCCGUGGAGGCCGCUACAAGCUGACUUUCAUUGAGGCGCAGCGCGCCUGCGCUGGACAGGAUGGUAUCCUGGCGUCGGCCGAGCAGCUGCACGCGGCCUGGCGCGACGGCUUGGACUGCAGACCAGGCACACUCCCUGAUGCCCCCUGGAGGCCAACAGACCCCAAGGUCUCCUGA